AUGGCGUUCUUGUUUGGGCGGAACAGGCAGAGGACGGCGCAGGAUAUGGUGCGGACGGUCAAAGAGCUGCUGUUGAGAUUACCCAAAGAAGAGGGAGCUUCGUCAAAGACUGAAGAAGAGCUCUCCCGCAACCUCACACAGAUGAAAGCGACUCUCCAAGGCACACCCGAAGUCGAAGUCGCGCCCGACGCCGUCACCCAGCUCGUCCACCACAUCCUCGCCGAAAGCCUGCUCCCAAUCCUAGUCGACAACAUCCACCGCCUCCCCUUCGAAGCGCGCAAAGACACCCAAACCAUCAUCUCCAACGUCUUCCGGUUUAGGAACCCCGGCAGCACCUCCCCCGAACCCGACGCCCUGAAAGAAGUCCUGCGCCAACAACCCGAGAUCAUCAUCGCCCUCUGCAACGGCUACGACCGCCGCGAAUCCGCCGGAGCCUGCGGCGGCAUCCUGAAAGAAGCCCUGAAAUGGGACGCCGUGGCCGCCGUCAUCCUCUACGACGAGCCCUCCCCUACGGGAAAAACAAUCGACAUCUACAACGACGUCGACGUGACCGCCCCGAGCACAGGAAAGGGAAUCUUCUGGUCCUUCUUCACCUGGAUCGACACCUCGAGCUUCGAAGUCAGCGCCGACGCCUUCGACUGUUUCCGCCUGCUCCUAACAAAGCACAAACAGCUCGUCUCCCAAUACAUCAGCACCAACUUCCCCCUCUUCUUCGACAAAUACAAUUCCAUCUUGAUCAAAUCCGACUCGUACGUCACCAAACGCCAAUCCCUCAAACUCCUCGGCGAAGUCCUGCUGGAUCGCCAGUUCUACGAGGUCAUGACGCGCUACGUCGACAGCGGCGAGAACCUCAAACUCAUCAUGUACCAGCUCAAAGACGACCGGCGCAUGGUGCAGUACGAAGCUUUCCAUGUGUUUAAGAUCUUCGCCGCGAACCCGAAUAAGAGUUUCGAGGUGCAGAAGUUUUUGGUGAUGAAUAAGCAGCGGUUGUUGAAGUUUCUGCCGCGGUUUUUGGAGGAGAGGACGGAGGAUGAGCAGUUUUGUGAUGAGAAGGCUUGGUUGGUUAAGGCGGUGGGGGGUUUGCCGGAUAGUGUGGCGGCGUUGAGGCCGCCGGAGGGGAGGGUUGGCGGAGGUGGGAGUGGAGGGGGUGGGAUGCCUGCACAGCAGCAACAGGCUAGUAGUGCGCAGGUGAGGUCGUGA